AUGGGAUCAAUCUCACAAUCGACCGAGGCCGCCUACCGGCCUACUCCUGCCGAUAUCACCAUCAACAACCACCAACCGGGAGAUCCAGACAAAAUUCUAUUCAAAAAUGUUCUAAUCCUAGACUCGACAGGCAGCUUACCCUACCUUGGAGAUGUCCUGAUCGAGGGCGAACGUAUCAUGUCCGUGGGGCAAGUUGAUGAGACAGCCGCGGCAGGGGCCUUGGUCAUCGAUGGAGGUGGCAACAAGACGCUGAUGUCGGGCCUGGUCGAUGCUCAUACUCAUCUCAGCUUCAACAAUGCAAAGACCCUGGAUGGGUUGACCACCAUGCCCCUAGAAGAGCACGUUAUUGCUACCGCUCACUCGGCUAAAACGUAUCUUGACUGCGGCUACACCAUGUGUUUUGGCGCGGCCUCUGCCCGUGCCCGACUUGACAUCGCUAUCAAGGCCUCCAUCAAGUCCGGCAUCAUUCCGGGACCACGAACUCUGGCCAACACACCCGAAAUCACUACUACUGGAGGAGCUAUCGUUCCUGACAUAUCCAAGUAUGCGGACGGGCCUCACGAGAUGCGGAAGACGGUGCGGUCAUUCAUCGAGCUGGGAGCAGAUAACAUCAAACUCAGCAUAACUGGUGAUAACAUUACUGAUAGCAUGCCAAGCGACGAGACCUACUUCACCCUGGAGGAGACGGUCGCCGCCGUAGAGGAGGCCCACAACCGAGGGAAACGCGUGUGCGCCCAUGCGCGGAGCAAGGAAUCCGUCAAAUUAUGUCUCCAGGCAGGUGUUGACGUGAUAUACCACGCUAGCUUCAACGAUGAAGAGAGCUUGAAUAUGCUGGAACAGCGGAAGGACUCUGUUUUUGUGGCGCCGGCCAUCAAUCUGCCUCUUGCCACCUGUGCGGGUGACGCUAUCCCCUUCGGGUUCACGGUCGAGAUGGCUGAGAAGAAGGGCGUUAAAGAAGAGGUGGAAGCAGCAUGCAAGUCCAUGCGGGAGAUGCAUAGGCGAGGGAUCCGCGUGUUACCAGGUGGUGAUUAUGGUUUCGCGUGGGCGCCGCAUGGCACGUAUGCCCGCGACUUGCAUCACUUCGUUGAGCAUUUUGGCUACACACCGAUGGAGAGUAUUCUGGCGGCUACAGCACUUGGAGGAGAGAUCAUGGGCUAUCCGGAGGAUUUGGGUAAAGUGCAGCCAGGCUACUAUGCGGAUGUGAUUUUGGUCGAUGGGGACCCACUGGCAGAUAUUACUGUUCUGCAGGAUACCUCACGGCUACAUGCCAUCGUGAUUAACGGUCAUAUCCACAAGCGUGUCUGA